GAUUUGACGAUUACUCUAUCGUCUGAGAGACCAGAUACCGAGGUGGACUUGGUGCCUGAUAAUACGGAUCUUUGUGGAAUUAACCUUCAGAGCUUCGUCGAUCAACAAGAAUGGCGGCUUCAUGAACACAUAGAAAUCACGAAACAAUCAAUUCUACAGGAAUUUACAAGUUCCUCGCAGAAGCAUCCCUGCAUAUCUGUGACAUGUAGAGCUGCCCGUCGACCCGGCUACUUCUACUGGAAUGUAUUCCUCAUUAUGCCGGCAUUUGAGGUACUCUUUUUUGCCGUUCGAUGA